CGUGAGGCGGGAGGCUUCUCACGCGCCCGCCCCAGACGUCCAAUAGGGAACCACUUUGUGGUCACAUGGUGCAGGAACGGCUCAGUCACCCAGGAGAUGUUUUCAAGAGCAUUUGAAUGCAAUGCUUCCUGCUGCCGGAGCUUAUCAUUUUCUUUGGGAAAUAAACUCUGCAUUAAUCCCAGAAGGAGAGACUUUGAGAACAUUUGGCAGGCUAUGUUCCUAUAAUACAGUCAGCUCCGAAGCCAUCUUAACAGCUCAACACACUUCAGUUCAGUAUCAAAUCCGGAUUUGUACCAAGUUUGUGGAACCAUUCCAAGCCCAGCUUGGGUCUGUAUAUAUUGUUCUGGGGGAAACUGAAUAUGGAGAGAGUGAAGAGGUGGUGGUUAAAGCCCGUGUGUUUACAUGUGCGGAAGGAAUAAAUCUUCAAUUAUUGCAGAAGGCCAUAGAGGAACAGAGAAAGUAUUUCCAUGAGAGAAAGAAGAAUCUUGAAGUAAAUCCUUCUUAGUGCUGUUCUGUGAGAGGGGUUUAAUAUGAUUUUUUUCCCUGUACUGAAUAUAUAUAUAUAUAAUUAUUUCCUUGCCUUCCUUGUUUUAAUGUAUUUUGUAUAAUCCUAAAAGUUUUUUAAAGUAUAAUUUCUAUUGUCAAUUGAGGUUUCUUUUUCAUUAGGCUUCGCAAUUUUUAAACUAAAAUGAUGGAAGUGCUGUCCUAUUCUAGGAUUGCUUUUUGUAUUGCCUUGUAUUGUAAAUCAGCAUGUUUAGGAGACCCUUAAAAAUCAUGCAAAUGGAAAGAGUUGUUGGAAAUUUCUGGCCAGAAUCCUGUUACUUACACCAAUUGGCAUAAGUCAAGUGGUGUAAAAUGUUGUGGCAAAUUGUUGCUAGUUAACAGGCAGAUGUUUGUGUUUCUUAUUGUAUGCCAAGUCAUGUGACUAUUGUUCGAUGAGAAUUACAAGCCUCAUCUUCUUUAGUAGUAAUACACAGCAGUGAUUUAUGCUGUUUGACAGGUGUAAGUAACAGGAUUGUGGCCUCUGUUUCGGAUGUUGAUAGGCUCUUGGUAUAUACUGUAUACUUGUUUAGAAGUUGGUAAUAUUAUUAAUACAUCAUAUUCUGAAGUCCUAAAAACAGCCAUUCAUCUUCCAGAGUGGGUUUUUAAAUAUUCUGUAUUUUUAUAGUGCAAAUAAAAA